AUGUGGGGUGAGCGUCCCAGGUCCCAGGGGUUAGAAGGUAUUGCGGGUGCGCCCGGAAGGGGAGAAGCUGAGGCACAGAGCAUCGUCUCACAUUCUCACCCAGCAAGUGAGGCCCGGGCUCGGGACCCCCAGACCGACCUCCCCGCUGCUCCCGGCCGUCCCCACCCGAGGGGAGGUCGCGGCAGACAGGGCCAGCGCCGCCCUUGCCCAGCCUGGCAUCUCCCCGCUGGCCACCGGCGUGGGCGGCCCGGGCGGCGGGGCGGGGCCUCUGGCCGCGGAACCCUCCGCAGGCCCGCGGGCGGCUCCCGGGGCUCCGCUCACGUGUGCGAGGCUGGCGCCCGGCCCCAGCACGGUUCCCUGAGGGACGUCCACCUGCAGGUGCCGCCCGAAGCCGGGAAGGGGCCGGGUGUGGCCGGCGAGCACCGGCAGGAAGGGGGUGCCGGGCGCGCGCGCGCCUCCUCUGCCGUCACCGCCAGCACCCAAAGGGCCUUUGUUCAGCGCGGAGCUCGGCGGGGCCCGGGAGGAGCUGGGGCCCGGCUGGAGGUACCCUCCCGGCCCAGGGCGGGGCUGCCGAGGUCUGCUCACGCAGCUCCCCGUCGCCAGGCGGGGGGGCGCGGGGAGAAGGGCCUGUGUGUCUUCGGCAGAGUGGGUCCUGUCCAGAUGCCGCGGGCGGUGCCGAAGGCUGCCAGCCGUCCCCGGCCUCACCUCGCCCGACCCUGCGUCCGCUGGGGAGGUCAUCCCGGUCCGGAGGGUGUGCGAGGGCUUCCGGAAGUUAGGACGUUAGCGGCCUCGGGCCCUCUGUCACUCGUCUGCCAGGAGCCGGACCCGGACACCCUCACCUCCGGGUGGGGGGCCCGUGGGGGGCUUUGCCCGCUGUGCGGCUGGUGUGAAGGCGCCCCGGGGCUGUCACGACUGCCAGCUUGUCUGAUCUCCCCCUGCCCCCGGCCUGGAGCAGGGAUGAGCCCUUCUCACUCUGCAGGUAAAGAAACCGAGACUCCAGAGACUUUGGGUCAUUUGCUCAAACUCACACAGCACUUGCCUGAUGUGGGGUCGGAACCUGGGCCUGUGGGCCGAGAACAGGCAGGGGCGGAGCAGCAAGGAGGUGCUGGCUGGCAGGACAGAUGGUCACACACACUGAAAGCUGGGCCAGAGGACAGGUACCUGAGGCGCUGAGGCGCUGUGUCCAGCCGGCCGGUGACUGGCGGUUGUUACUGGUCCACGACACCUGAGUCCUCAGGUCCGUCUGCUGAGCCCUGAGCCUCCCGUGGGGCCGGCUGCCUGGAGGAGGGGACCCCACAUGGGACGCCACAGCCGGCUUCGCUCAGGCCCGGAGCUUCCAGGCAACGCUCACUCCGUCUGCUUUCAGGACGAGGCCUCAGAGCUCUUGAUGCCCACAGAGGAGCUCCACAGACCUUGUCUCAUUUGACUCUCUCGAUAGGAUUCUCUCGACAACCUGUGACGGCAGCUCCAUGGUCCCAGUUUACAGACGAGCCUGAAGUUCAGGGAAACUAAGUGGCCCGUCCAGGAUCACCUAAUCGGUUGGUCAGUUCAGCAGAGUCUGGAAGUUCCCUCACCCCGGCUCCCCUGUUGAGACUCUCAGGGCCACGCCUGCUCACAGAUGCUUUCGUGACAACGAGGGCACUGAGAUCCCCAGGAAACUGGCCGAGAGCAGGGAGAUGAACGUCUGAGCGCCUCUCCCCGUGCCUCUGCCUCUUCCCUGGGGGGGCGGGGGGCUCACGGCUCACCCAGGUCACCCCACCCCUCUGCCUCCCCUUUGCCCGCAGCCCUAGUGGGCUGAGUGACCAGCCCCACCGUCACCACAGUUACCUUCCUACACGUGACGUGUAACCCCGCCCCCGCCCCAUCCAUCCCUCCCACACCCUCUCAGCGAGUUUAGUUUGUGUCUGGUGAAA